AUGACUGUGCUCACAAACGCCUUUGAAAUUAAUUGUUCUGGGACGGAAGGAGAUCAUGUGUCAUUAGAAGUUUGGAAAAUUAAAGGAGACAUUACAAGUUUAUACAAAUUUAUCAAGGAAUUGGAGAAGACUAAUAAUUUAAUAACUUAUGCACUUCUUGUUCCGAAUCAUUUGUAUAUUUUCUUUGUUGUUAGGUGUCACUUAUCAUUAAAACAAAAUAUUCAAACAAUUAUUGAUGAACAAUCGGAUUUAUCAGUUGAAAAAAGGCAAUUCAAUGAUUUCAAGGAAUUAAAUAGUGAGGAAAGCAAGUUAUUAACAGUGUCUGUCAAAAAUUGGAUUAGAAAUACUUUAAUUAUUGAGCAUUCUCACAAAGCACAAGGAUCAUUUAUUUAUCCUUCAAAUAGUGAAAAGUAUUUCAGCACAGAAAAUGGCACUAUGGUAUCUAUUUGUGGAUUCACUUUGUCGUGUAUCAUCUUCACUAAUUUAUCAUUGAAGGUUUUUAUCAAUUUGAAGAAUAAGAUGUUUAAAAAGAUAAAUACAGACGAAUCAAGCUUAAGAUCAUAUUCUAAGAAUAAGACUCCUUCUUGGGUUUUGACUCCAUUUAAAGGAAUUCUUGGUAGAUUAACAACCAAAGAGAAGGAUAAAUCGAGAAGUAAUGAAAAUUCUAAUAUGCAAAACCAAGUUACUGUACUUCUUGAGGGUACACCUAUUUCAUUCGAGUGUAAUGAUUAUCUAUUAUCUUUGGACAGUAAUGAUCAAAGUUUAGAAAGAUAUUUCCCUUCACAGAGAAAUUUACCUCGUCAAAAUCCUCAAUCUAGAUCCAAAAUUCAAAAACAAAAAAUUUCCUCUACACCAUCCAAUAAUGCAUCAAAAAAUAACAAAAGAACAUCAAACGAUGCAUCAACGAAUGGAAAAAAUACAUCUUCUAAGAAGACUAAAAUGCAAUCUGAGACAGACAUGGCCAAAGAAGAGGUUUUACCAGCCUACAUGUAUAAUAGAAAAGAAAAGAAAAAUACCACGAAUAAUUUAACCCUAUCACCUACUCUUAAUAAUGUGACAGAUCCAAUAUCUAGCAUUACUGAAAGUGCUAUAGAUGAAUUUGCAAAUAUUAUUAAUAAUCCAAUACCUCAACCAUCAUCUUCGUUAAUGGAUGCAACUAUUCCACCUGAACCUAGUUCACAAUCUCAAAGAGCUGAAGUAGAUGCUCAACUUUUGACAGCAGAUCAGUUUAAUGAGCUAUUAGACUCUUUUGAUUGUUGGGGACCUUCAGAUGCAGAGAUAGCAUCUCAACCUGAACCUCAACCAACUCCACAAAUCAAAACUGAAUCCAUUGUGGAAACUCCUGUCGACAUUCAACCUCUAAAUAGCACACCUUUUAAUCCCCAAACUCCCUCUCAAUCAGUGACUUCAACACCAAACAGACCGUACGAAGAGAUCAAACAAUUUAAAGAAAUUUUAGAACAUAGAGAAUCUCAGAGAAAAAAUGUUCAAGACCUACAAAGAGGUCUCACUCAAAUGAAUUUAAAUUAUGAACCUGAAGUACGACAAACUCGCCAAUACUCCAGUUUUACAUCCAGUUUUGUUGGAAUUAAAGACGAAAGAUCAAGUAAUCAAAAACAAGAAAUUGCUAAAAAUGAUUACUCCUCCUAUUUCACUAAUCCAUGUUAUAAUUCAUCUUCAAAUGAGGAUAGAAUAUAUCCAACAAGAACUAAUUUUGUCCCAACUUCGAAUUAUCCAGAAAAUCGUUUAUUCAACCUCCCUCAAAAUGAAUACGCACAAAUGUUAAAAGAACAAGAAAGAAAGUUAAGAAAAGAAAAGAAGGAAAAAAAGGAAAAGAAAAAGAAAGAAGAAGUUAAAGAAACUAAUGAUCAAGCAGUUCCUUCAAAUGUUGAAGAAUCAUUUGAGGAAGAAAUAUUUUUCUAUGAUUUCUGCCAUAGUGAUGCCACUGAUAUGUUUGAAAUAAUACCUCAACAAAAUAGUCAAUGGUCGCUAUCUGAAAUUUUGAAAAAAUCAUUAGAGUUAAUAUCAAACGAAUCAGAAUUUAACAAGAGUGAUAUUCUAUCGUUCAUAAUGGAUGGUUGCUGGAAAGAUUCUGAAACUCCUUGUGAAUACCCACAAAAAUCCGUCAAAUUAUCUAAUAAUACUAUGGAAGUAAUUCAAGUUGUUUCUAGAUGCAAUUUCCAAACAGAUGAUUUAUCAAAUGAUUUAACACUAACAGAUGAAUCUCUACCAAUACUUUACAAGGUUUCUGAUAUUCUAUCUAGGGUUGGUGAUGAAACAAUUAAGGGACCACUAAAAGAUAUUUCUUCCAUUUUACAACUAGAUACUCCAACAGUACGAGUGGGAUAUAUGGAACAAUGGUUAGAUUCACAGCCAGAUAUUAUAUCCGAAUGGGAAAAAUCUCUUUUGGAGCCUUAUGCAUCACCAAAGAGGAUUAAUUUCUGUGUUAUUGGUGUGGAACCUGCACAAUUUAAUGUAAAUGAUGGUGUAUACUCGGAUUUGUAUGGUUUCUUUGAGAAUCUUAGUACUAUUUAUGAAAUAUGCAAAUUGGGAACACAUGUACCCAUUCAUAACGAGUUUAUCACAGAUGGUAUCGUACCAAUAGCUUACAAAUAUUCUCAACCUUCUCCAUCUGGAACUAAGUCACAAAAAAUUCAACUUGAAGAAUUCAUAGAACAAUUCCAAAAAUCAGCAAAGAAAGUCGAACAAGGAAUAAUCAACUUUUAUAACAAUUAUAGUAAGGAAGAAUGCGUUUUAAUUUAUGUUGUUUUCCCAUUCCACUUGAUUGAAAAAAUUGAGGCUACAAGUACAGCAAGUGUAUCCACAAUUUUAUACAAUGUGUUUGGAACCAUAAUUGAUAAUUUACAACUUGAAAUACCCGAUGUCAUUCCAUUCAUUCACUUUGUUGAUCAAAAAUUAGUUGAUGAGCCAUAUAUUCACCGACCUAUUGCAACUCUGAAACAUAUCUCACUUUCAGCUUUUAACAAGUGUAGAAGACAGCAAAAGAGAUGGAAUAAUUGGAAUGGAUAUUCAUCAUUACUUCAUGAGCCAUCUGUUGUUCUUACACCAAUGGUAUUAAAUCAAGAUACAAGUAGAAAUCCUUCUCCUUAUGCAGAAUUGCAGAGUCUAAAACUCAUACUUUUCUGCGCUUACAGUAUUACAGAAGUAGAAAAUGGAGAAUUUUUCGUUACUUGUGUUUGGACAGAUUAUCCUGGUAAUUUAUUGGAGUCAGCAAUAUUUGAAAGCUCUGAAUAUAUGACAGAUGAAGGAAGGAGAAGUAAUGUCAUUGAUGCCAUUAUUCAAAAAAUUCAUGAGCAAAGUACAACAUACAUGUCAAGUUUGGCAUUAGGCAAUCAAUUGGAUCUUUUCUGGGAGUACACCAUUUGCAAAGUAGCACCAACAAAUAAGUGUACCUCUGUACACAUGUCAGAGGAAGAGUUAAAUGCUUGGACAAAAGUUAGAGCAAGUGUUUUAAAAGGUGCCAUGUAUUUAACAUCUUUGAAUGACAAUCCAUCAACACAAUUUUUCAAGAUUAGCUCUCCUGAAAGCACACCCUCUCUUCACUUCCAUGAGGAUUAUGGUUAUAUCUUCACUCCGUCAGAAGAAGAGGCAAGAGUUGAUAGAGUUAAUCAAGACCAAGAUUCUUCUAGACAAGAAGUUGUCGUUUACCCUAAGAGUGUAUUGGAAGUAAGAUUAUUUGUUAAGGAAACUGAAAAGAAUUUGCAUACUUUCAAUGUUAGGCAAGUUUGUAAACAAUUAUUCAAUUUGAGUUGGUUGACAGUUUCUCCAUUAUACCCUAGUAGAUAUACUGUCCUUCCUAUUCAUAUUCAAUUACUAAGAAAUAUUAAUACGAAUAUUAACAGAUAUAUCCAAUACAAGUCAUCACAGAAAUAA